AGAAGACUUCCGGUGGUGUGUCAUGGCGGUGGCAUGGUGAAUCCUAAAGAAAGGGAAAAAUACUCGACCCUGUGGUCUUAUCCCGUCGAUUCAGGGCAGAUUUUCAUGCAGAAAUAAGCUUGUCAACUCCGGCUUUACGCUUUGGAUUAGCCAGCACAGCGCUGCGGUGUCCCUCCGCCCGGCCAUGGCGGCUCACAAACCCGUGGAGUGGGUCCAGGCCGUGAUUACCAGAUUUGAUGAGCAGCUUCCUAUUAAAGUUGGACACCAGAACACCCACACCAAAAUCAGCACAGAGCACAACAAGGAAUGUCUGAUCAACAUCUCUAAGUACAAGUUCUCCCUUGUCAUCAGUGGCCUCACCACCAUCCUCAAAAAUGUCAACAACAUGCGGAUAUUUGGAGAAUCCUCUGAAAAGAACCUCUACCUCUCCCAGCUUAUCAUCCUGGACACACUGGAGAAGUGCCUGGCUGGGCAAUCUAAAGACUGCUUGCGUCUGGAUGAAACCAUGCUGGUCAAACAGCUGCUGCCGGAGAUCUGCCAUUUCAUUUAUACAUACCGUGAGGGCCACCAGCACGCCACUGAGCUCCGGGCCUCGGCCUCAGCAGUCCUAUUCUCUCUGAGCUGCAACAACUUCAACGCCGUCUUCAGCCGCAUCUCCACAAGGCUCCAGGAGCUGACGGUGUGCUCCGAGGACAAUGUGGAUGUUCAUGACAUAGAGCUGAUGCAGUACAUCAAUGUGGACUGCUCCAAACUGAAAAGGCUGCUGCAAGAAACUGUACUGAAGUUUAGAGCUCUCAAAAAGCCUGCCCAACUAGCAGUCAUCAACAGUUUAGAGAAGGCAUUUUGGAACUGGGUUGAGAAUUACCCCGAUGAGUUCACCAUGCUCUAUCAGCGACCACAGGCAGAUAUGGCAGAAGCUGCAGAGAAGUUGUUUGAUCUGGUGGACAGCUUUGCAGAGAGCGCCAAGCGGAAAGCAGCUGUGUGGCCACUGCAGAUCAUCCUCCUCAUCCUUUGUCCAGAGAUCACACACACCAUCUCCAAAGACUCAGUGGAAGACAGCAAGGCCAACAAGAAACUGUUUUUGGACAGUUUGCGGAAAGCCUUAGCAGGCCAGGCUGGAAGUAAGCAACUGAUGGAGAGCGCUGCCAUCGCCUGUGUCAAACUGUGUAAAGCCUCCACCUACAUCAACUGGGAGGAUCACUCCACAAUUUUCCUCCUGGUCCAGUCUAUCGUCAUGGAUCUCAAGGCUCUGUUGUUCAACCCAGCCAAACCCUUCUGGAGGGGUGCGGGCAGCCAGAACGCUGACGUGGAGCUCAUGAUGGAUUGCUUUGUCUCCUGUUUCCGCAUCAAUCCUCACAACAACCAGCACUUUAAGGUCUGCUUGGCCUCCUCCUCCCCCUCCACCUUUCAUUUUGUCCUGGUCAACUCAUUGCACAGAAUAAUCACCAAUUCCCAUCUAGACUGGUGGCCUAAGAUCGAUGCAGUGUACUGCUACUCUGGAGAACUUCGCUUUAUGUUCUCAGACACUCUCAAUCGGGUGAUCCAAGGUGUCGGCACCCACGCUCCACUACGCAUGACCCCGAGUCUGACAUUCAAAGGGAAGAUGACCACCAGCCUUAAGUUCAAAGAGAAAGCCACAGACCUGGACACUCGAAGUUACAAGUGCCUCCUUCUUGCUCUGGUCAAACUCAUCCACGCUGAUCCCAAACUCAUGUUGCAUAACCCAGUGAAGCAAACUCCAGAAAUGCAGAGCAGCACAGCAGAGCUCAUCACUGGCCUGGUGCAGCUAGUGCCUCUAACCAACACCACCCAGCUCUCACAAGAAGCCAUGGAGGCUCUGUUAGUUCUACACCAGCCAGAGACCAUAGAGCUGUGGAAUCCUGAUGCCCCCAUAGAGACAUUUUGGGACAUCAGUUCACAGGUGCUCUUCCUCAUCUGCCGUAAGCUGAUUGGCCAGCAAAUGGUUAAUGGGACCGAAGUUCUGAAAUGGCUGAGGGAGAUCCUCAUCUGCAGGAACAAAUUUCUGCUCAAGAACAAGGAGUGUGCCACUAUGGGCGGUGGGAUCCCCAUUUGCCGGCAGGCGCAGACAAAGCUGGAGGUGUGUCUCUACAUGUUCCUGUGGAGCCCAGACACUGAGGCGGUGCUGGUGGCCAUGUCGUGUUUCCGCCACCUCUGUGAGGAGGCUGACAUCCGCAGCGCUGCUGACGAGGUGCCUGUCCAGAACAUCCUGCCCAACUAUGCCACCUUCAGUGAACUGGCCUCUGUCAGUAACAUGAUGGGAACAGGCCGAUCCACCUUGCAGAAGCGGGUGAUGGCCUUGUUAAGGAGGAUAGAGCACCCCACACCAGGAAACAUUGAGGCUUGGGAGGACACAUAUGCGAAAUGGGACCAGGCCACCAAACAAAUUCUCAACUUUCCCAAAAACAAGGCUGAUGAUGGACAGCAGGAGUGGAUCAACAUGACCGGCUUCCUGUGUGCUCUGGGCGGUGUGUGUCUUCAGCAGCGCAGCACCCCUGGACCAGCCACCUACAGCCCACCUAUGGGCCCCAUCAGUGAGCGCAAACACUCCAUGAUCUCCAUGGGCCCCUGUGAGGUGUCCAACCCUGUUGCCUUGGCCUCGUCCUGCUCCUCAUCGGCAUCCAGUGAAACGCCCGUCAGCCGCUUCCUGGACCGGCUGCUGGCUCUGCUUGUGUGUGGCCACGACAGGGUCGGGCUCCAUGUUCGCACCAAUGUCAAAGACCUACUGGGGCUGGAGCUCAGCCCUGCUCUCUACCCCAUGCUCUUCAACAAGCUGAGGAACAGCAUUGGCAAGUUCUUUGACACACAGGGACCGGUUCCUAUCAAUGACACUAACACACAGUUUGUGGAGCAGACCAUAGCCAUCAUGAAGAACCUGUUGGAUAACCACACAGAGGGCAGCUCUGAACACCUGGGACAGGCCAGCAUCGAGACCAUGAUGCUCAACCUGGUCAGGUAUGUGCGCAUCCUGGGCAAUGUGGUCCAUGCGAUCCAGAUCAAAACCAAGCUGUGCCAACUGGUGGAGGUUAUGAUGGAGAGAAGAGAUGACCUGUCCUUUUGCCAGGAGAUGAAGUUUAGAAACAAGAUGGUGGAGUACCUGACAGACUGGGUGAUGGGAACCUCCAACCAAGCUGCUGAUGAUGACAUCAAGUGCCUGACAAGGGACCUGGACCAGGCCAGUAUGGAGGCAGUAGUGUCUCUGUUAGCUGGUCUUCCUCUGCAGCCAGAGGAAGGGGACGGAGUAGAAUUGAUGGAGGCUAAAUCUCAGCUCUUCCUCAAGUACUUCACCCUGUUCAUGAACCUGCUGAAUGACUGCAGUGAGGUGGAGGACGAGGGCCAGGCAGUGGGGGGACGAAAGAGAGGAAUGUCUCGCCGACUGGCCUCCCUCCGCCACUGCACUGUCCUGGCCAUGUCCAACCUGCUUAAUGCUAACGUAGACAGUGGCCUCAUGCACUCCAUUGGUCUGGGAUACCACAAGGACCUGCAAACUCGAGCUACCUUCAUGGAGGUGCUGACCAAGAUCCUGCAGCAGGGAACAGAGUUCGACACGCUGGCAGAGACGGUGCUGGCUGACCGCUUUGAGAGGCUAGUAGAACUGGUCACCAUGAUGGGAGACCAGGGAGAGCUUCCCAUCGCCAUGGCACUGGCUAACGUGGUUCCUGGGUCUCAGUGGGAUGAGCUAGCCCGAGUCCUGGUGACGCUGUUUGACUCCCGUCACCUCCUCUACCAGCUGCUGUGGAACAUGUUCUCUAAAGAGGUGGAGCUAGCUGACUCCAUGCAGACUCUUUUCAGGGGAAACAGCCUGGCCAGCAAAAUAAUGACCUUCUGUUUCAAGGUAUAUGGAGCAGCAUACCUGCAGAAGCUACUGGAGCCUUUAUUAAGAGGGGUCAUCACCACUCCUGAACACAUCAGCUUUGAGGUGGACCCCACCAGGCUGGAACAGGGCGAGAACCUGGAGGAGAACCAGAGAAACCUGCUACAGAUCACUGAGCGGUUCUUCCAGGCCAUCAUUGGUUCAUCCAGUGAAUUCCCCCCACAACUCCGCAGUGUCUGCCACUGUCUCUACCAGAUUCUGCAGAGCAUUGCCAACCAUGUCUUGUUUACAAAAGAAGAACACAUGAGGCCUUUUAAUGACUUUGUGAAGAGCAACUUUGAUUCAGCCAGGAGGUUCUUCUUGGACAUAGCGUCUGAUUCUCCACCCAGUGACUCUGUCAACCACAGUCUGUCUUUCAUUAGUGAUGGUAAUGUGCUUGCCCUCCACCGCCUGCUGUGGAACAACCAGGAGAGGAUCGGCCAGUACCUCUCCAGCAACAGGGAUCACAAGGCUGUUGGCAGGCGACCUUUUGACAAGAUGGCGACCCUGCUAGCCUACCUUGGACCUCCUGAACACAAACCUGUGGCUGACACUCACUGGUCCAGUCUCAACCUAACUAGCUCCAAAUUUGAGGAAUUCAUGACCAGGCACCAGGUCCAUGAGAAGGAGGAGUUCAAAGCCUUAAAGACCCUCAACAUCUUCUACCAGGCAGGGACCUCCAAGACUGGGAACCCAGUGUUUUACUAUGUGGCCCGCAGGUUCAAAACAGGCCAGAUCAAUGGUGACCUGCUCAUCUACCAUGUCCUCCUUACCCUAAAACCCUACUAUGCUAAGCCCUAUGAGAUAGUAGUAGACUUGACACAUGUAGGACCUAGCAAUCGCUUCAAGACCGACUUCCUAUCCAAGUGGUUUGUGGUCUUUCCUGGCUUUGCCUAUGAGAACGUAGCAGCUGUUUAUGUCUACAACUGCAACACCUGGGUGCGGGAGUACACCAAGUACCAUGAGCGGCUACUGACGGGCCUGAAGGGCAGCAAGCGGCUCCAGUUCAUCGACUCUCCAGCUAAGCUUGCCGAGCACAUCGAACCCGACCAACAGAAGCUGCCUGCUGCCACACUGACCCUGGAGGAAGACCUUAAAGUGUUCCACAAUGCCCUUAAACUAGCCCACAAAGACACCAAGGUCUCUAUAAAGGUGGGUUCGACAGCAGUUCAGGUGACAUCAGCUGAGCGGACCCGUGUCCUUGGCCAGCCAGUCUUCCUCAACGACGUCUACUACGCCUCAGAGAUUGAGGAGAUUUGUCUAGUGGAUGAGAGCCAGUUCACCCUCACCAUGGCCAACCAGGGCACACCGCUCACAUUCAUGCACCAAGAGUGUGACGCCAUUGUCCAGUCUAUAAUCCAUAUCCGGACACGCUGGGAGCUGUCGCAGCCUGACUCCAUCCCACAGCACACCAAGAUCCGACCAAAAGAUGUCCCUGGAACUCUGCUCAACAUCGCUCUGCUCAACCUGGGCAGUUCUGACCCCAGCCUCAGAUCUGCGGCAUACAAUCUGUUGUGUGCUUUGACCUGCACCUUCAACCUAAAGAUAGAGGGCCAGCUGCUGGAGACGUCAGGCCUCUGCAUCCCAGCCAACAACACCCUCUUCAUAGUCUCCAUCAGCAAGACGCUGGCUGCCAAUGAGCCCCAUCUGACACUGGAGUUUCUGGAGGAGUGCAUCUCAGGCUUCAGCAAGUCCAGUAUUGAGCUGAAGCAUCUCUGCCUGGAGUACAUGACACCCUGGCUGCUCAACCUGGUUCGCUUCUGUAAGCACAACGACGAUGCCAAGCGCCAGCGCGUCACUGCAAUUUUGGACAAACUCAUCACCAUGACCAUCAAUGAAAAGCAGAUGUAUCCCUCUAUCCAGGCCAAGAUCUGGGGCAGCCUGGGCCAGAUAACAGACCUGUUGGAUGUGGUGUUGGACAGCUUCAUUAAGACCAGCGCCACAGGAGGCUUGGGCUCCAUCAAAGCAGAGGUCAUGGCUGAUACUGCAGUGGCUCUGGCUUCAGGGAAUGUCAAACUGGUCUCCAGCAAGGUCAUUGGUCGGAUGUGUAAGAUCAUAGACAAGACAUGCCUGUCGCCAACACCCACACUGGAGCAGCAUCUGAUGUGGGACGACAUUGCUAUCUUGGCCCGCUACAUGCUCAUGCUGUCCUUCAACAACUCACUGGAUGUUGCAGCCCACCUGCCCUACCUGUUUCACGUGGUGACCCUGCUGGUAGCCACCGGACCACUGUCCCUCAGGGCCUCCACGCACGGUUUGGUGAUCAACAUCAUCCACUCCCUCUGCACUUGUUCUCAGCUCAACUUCAGUGAGGAGACAAAACAGGUCCUGAGGCUGAGCCUGACUGAAUUCUCCCUACCCAAGUUUUACCUGCUGUUCGGUAUCAGCAAAGUUAAGUCAGCUGCUGUCAUCGCCUUCCGCUCCAGCUACAGAGACCGCUCCUUCUCACCAGGCUCCUACGAGAGGGAGACAUUCGCCCUGUCCUCCUUGGAGACCGUCACUGAGGCCCUACUGGAGAUCAUGGAGGCUUGUAUGAGGGACAUCCCAGCCUGCAAGUGGUUGGACCAGUGGACAGAGCUCGCACAGAAGUUUGCAUUCCAGUAUAACCCAUCUCUCCAGCCCAGAGCGCUCGUGGUGUUUGGCUGCAUCAGUAAGAGAGUGAGCCACGGCCAAAUCAAGCAGAUCAUCCGAAUCCUCAGCAAGGCAAGCCCUCUGCUCAGCAUAGACCGGGGUCUGGAGAGCUGCCUGAAGGGGCCAGACAACUACAACAGCCAAGUAUUAAUAGAAGCCACAGUCAUUGCUCUGACCAAGCUACAGCCUCUGCUUAGCAAGGAGUCCCUGAUGCACAAAGCUCUGUUCUGGGUCGCAGUAGCUGUCCUGCAGCUGGAUGAAGUCAACUUGUACUCUGCUGGAACCGCCCUGCUGGAGCAGAAUCUCCACACUCUGGACACAAUGCGCGUCUUCAACGACAAGAGUCCAGAAGAAGUGUUUAUGGAGAUCAGAUGUCCUUUAGAAUGGCACUGUAAGCAGAUGGAUCACUUUGUGGGACUCAAUUUUAGUGCCAAUUUCAACUUUGCAUUGGUGGGCCACCUACUCAAAGGUUACAGACACCCAUCACCCACCACAGUAGCGAGGACAGUGAGAAUCCUACACACACUGUUGGCUCUCAUCAGCAAACAUCUGAAAUGUGACAAGUUUGAGGUCAACACCCAGAGUGUGGCCUAUUUGGCUGCACUGCUCACUGUAUCUGAGGAGGUCCGAAGUCGCUGCAGCCUCAAACACAGGAAGUCACUACUGAUUUCUGACCUGUCCAUGGACCCAGUGCCCAUGGACACCUACUCCAGUCACAUCACUGAUCCCAGCUGCAGAACUCUGCGAGAGACUCAGCCGUGGACAUCACCUCAGGUCUCAGAGCGCUACCUUUCAGCCCAUCACUACCCCACAGUGGGCCAGAUCAGCCCACGAACACGCAAGUCCAUGAGCCUUGACAUGGGUCAGCCUUCACAGGCCAACACCAAGAAGCUCCUGGGCACCAGGAAGAGCUUUGAUCAUCUCAUAUCAGACUCCAAAGCACCAAAGAGACCAGAGAUGGAGUCUGGUAUAACCACCCCUCCCAAGAUGAGGCGUGUAGCAGAGAAUGACUACGAGAUAGAGACACAAAGAAUUGGAAACUCGCACCUUCGUAAAGUGUCCGUAUCAGAGUCCAACGUUCUGCUGGAUGAGGAGGUUCUGACUGACCCAAAAAUCCAGGCUCUGCUGCUCACUGUGCUGGCCACCCAGGUCAAAUACACCACUGAUGACUUUGACCAGCGAAUUCUGUACGAGUAUUUGGCUGAAGCUAGUGUUGUCUUCCCAAAGGUUUUCCCAGUUGUCCACAACCUGCUGGACUCCAAGAUCAACACUGUGCUGUCAAUGUGCCAAGACACUAACCUCCUGAACCCCGUCCACGGCAUUGUCCAGAGCGUGGUGUACCAUGAAGAGUCACCCCCCCAGUAUCAGCCCUCCUAUUUACAAAGCUUCGGCUUUAAUGGACUUUGGAGGUUUGCCGGACCUUUUUCUAAGCAAACCCAGAUACCGGACUAUGCCGAGUUGAUUGUCAAGUUUCUGGAGGCGUUGAUUGACAGCUACCUGCCCGCAGCUGACGAGGAGCGAGGGGAGGAGCAACUGAGGACACCCACCUCCCCCUACCCCCCCACCUGCCAGAGCCAGCUCAGCAUCACUGCCAACCUCAACCUGUCCAACUCCAUGACCUCACUGGCCACCUCACAGCAUUCACCAGGUGUGGACAAGGAGAACGUCCAGCUGUCCCCCAGCUCUGCUCUGUCCAGUGGCGGUCGCACUCGCCAUGGUUCAGCCAGUCAGGUCCAGAAGCAGCGCAGUGCCGGCAGCUUCAAGAGACCCAGCAUCAAAAAGAUUGUCUGACCAGCCAGAUAACACCACCCCACCCAUACCCCCAGCGCCUCCUCCUUCUCUUCACCCCUCCCCCAGUCUGCCAGCCUGCCAGGCCUCAUGCUGCACUUCACUUUUUUUUUUAUUUCCUCCUCCUUCUUCAAGUCUGUUGCUUUGGCAGGAGAACAAGUGAUUUUUUUGUUCUCCAUUGAGGAGGACUAUUACCAACUUGAAUUCUGUGCUGCUUGAGAUUUUUUUCAAAUCUUUUAUUUGAGCCAGUCUGUGGUGGAGGAGAAGCUUCUCUCGAAUCUUUUCUCUUCACCUCUGGAGUCAGUGUUUAAGCUCCUUUUCACACCACUCCAGCAAGGGACGUUACACAUGAAAAUACAGAAAAGGCUGAUAGGAAUUAGUCUGGACAUGAUGGUUGAGUUUGGACAUGGACUGCUCAAGUUUAAACCAUGACAAGUCCCUUGGCCUUCCUCAUGACUAAAUGCUCCUGUGUCAGCAAGAUGGACCAAAUGACAGUGGUGGGGGGCUGGAUCUGUGAGACAGGACCUUAACUUUGGUCCUCCUCAGAUAUGUCAGCCCCCUUCUCCCAGUCUUGUACAUAUUUUACAUAGACAGAUUAUGUAUAACUAGUCCUUAGUGCUAGUGUUGACGUUUUCUCCAUGGUGUGCCUUUGUCAGGGUUUUUCAAUGUGUACAAUUUGUAAAGUAAAAGUCAAACCUUGCUGGGGACUAAGAACAGGUACUAAUUAUGGAGACGAGCCGUCCAUAUCACCCCGGGUUCACACGAACUGCAUCACGACUGGCCUCCAAUGAUCGUCAAAUAUACAAUCAUCCAUAUACCCUGUUGCCUGAAAGUAUUUAUCCUGUACAGCUAGAUAGUGCUAAACAAAUCUUCUUCUUUUCAAACACUUUCAGAGUAUCAAGAUGAAGAUUGCAAAACACUAGGGGAAACGCAACAGUGUAAAUAGCUCCAAGCUUAUUUGUUUUGUUUUUUUGUGCAAUUGCUUUUAUUUAGCUGUUUUUUGUUUUUGUUUUUGGCUAUUUUUAGUACGAGCUGUCUUUUCAGCAGCAGAGCAUUUUAAUUUGUUUAUAUAGUGAAAAGGAAAAUUAUAUAAUAGGCAAUAACCCUCAACUCUCUAACUCCAUUGUCAACCACCAAUUUUAUUUGUACAGCAAACAGGGAAAACAUCACUAUGUCAGUUCAGUGAAAUAUAAUGCCAACUCCAGAGUUGCCUGUUAACGCAGAGAUUUAGCUCUUAAUGUAUACCUCCAGUGACCAUUUUAAUAGAAAAGAGGCAGUGGACAGUGUGAUGUUCAAUCCCACCACACACACAUACACACACACACUUCCAUUCGUUUCACACCAGCCGUCUGAGCUGGACCCACAGCCAUGAGAGGUUUGUUCUGUGGGCUCUUUUAAGGAAAAAUCCACCCUAAACAAUGCAUUGACAGCUUGUUUGGGCCACUUAUCGUUGGACAUUUCACUAUAGUGCCGACAGAGUAAAAACACAUUCUUUUUUUCUACAGAGAUGUAAUAUUGUUUACCAACAUAAGCCAGUUUGACUCCUUCCCUAUCAUUGUUGUGAGUGGUUUAGGACACAAAACCACAGGUCACAGCACUUGGACUGUGAGAUGUGGUGAAAAAGCUACUAAGUGUAGUCAAACUACUCUUUUCAAAGUCAGGGAUAAACUUUCACACUUAAUAUAAACCAAACUCCUCAAAAGCAUUAUUGUUUAAUGUUGUCUGAUCACAGUCAGCUUUAAAUAAAACUUUGUCAUUUCAAGUUAACAGGACUAUGAAUCUGACCAAACAUUUGGUGUCAGCUGUCAGCACUGGACUUCUUGCUCUUCUUGUAGCUACACACACAGUUCUGUCAGAAAGAACUCAGCUCUGUUAUUUUGAUGUUUUCUGUUAUUCCAACACAACACUGUUCGGGGAUUUUAGCAUUUCUGCACAGUGCUGAAAUAAUGGGGAUUAUUCCAUAAAUGUGAAACAGAAACAGUAAACAUCUGGUUUUGUUGUUAGGCCCUUAAACACUGAUUCAGCAGUUCCCACUCUGCACUAUUCCAUAGGAUGCAUAGAUUGAUGACAUAGACAUUGACAUAGAUUGAUAGGAUUCCUCAGUGGAAGAGUGUGAGAUAGUGGCUUUUUCCUUUAAGAGCUGUAGUAAUAAUCAUUCAGGUUAUUGUUGAUGCAGAAGCCAGCUCUGGGAUAUUAAAUCAGCCCUCUGUGCUCUCAUAGGACAUCUGUGAACAGCAGACCCUCUGUACCAAACAUCUGCUCUGUACUACAGGAGGGGGAAGUAGCCUCCUUUCAAAAGCAUCAUCUGGGCACAUUCGAAGAACUCAUUUACUACAAAUCAUGUCAGCUACACAUUACCCCCAACUGUUCUCCAAAUCACGCUGUAGUAUUUUAGGUGUUUUAGUUGAAUGUGUUUGUAACAUUUCAGGCGGCCAUUGGCUAUUCUACUAUCUUAUAGAAAUCAAAUUUCAGAGAGAGGAUACUAAUCCAUACUGUCAGUGUUUUCUUAGAACUACAUGUGCUUCUACAGUACACACAGACAAAACAAUCUGCAGUAGAACCCAACAAGUACAUCAAGUUGAGAUGACAUAUAAGUCAGUAGCAAAUAUUAUAGGUCUUUCUCUCACUGUAAAAUGUUCUGCUCACUUACAAUACUUUAAAAAAUGGUGGGAUCCUUAUCAAAAUGUUUAUUUUAAAAAUGUUUUUUUAAAUAUUGGUUUAAAUAUCUUUAUUGGAUUUUGUAAAACAUGACUAUCAGUAUUAGCAGAGUUAAAUCUGCAUUAGCAUGGCACAACAAUUCCUCUUUGACAGUAAGAAUAUGAUGGUCAUUGUGAUGGAUUAUGUCUGCCUGCACGUUGAUUUGGAUGUUGUACUGAAAUGACUGGGAACCAUUGGCUACCUAGAGAGUGGAGAGACACACUGACAGAUUUAAAAUGCUAUGGUUUGCUGUAGAAAAGGUCACAUGACAUGCAGUAAACAGGUUUAAACAUGUAAACUAACAGACUGACAGCAGCUGUGUACACGUUGCGACGCGGUUGUUUGGUUGAGCCGGUGCACAGUGAGACUGUGCUGAUCAGUGUUCCAUCCAGCCACACCUCAGCUGGGGUUUGUUUGUUAAAAUGCUUCUAUCUCACCUUAACAUCUUUUCCUGGCACGAGCUGAGUAUUGUACAACUCUGACUUUAUUUUUGUCUGAGCAGCAUCUCCACGUCUCCUGCUCAGAGUCUCAAAUCUUUUUUUAAGUGUUUGUGUCACCGAAUGGAUACAUAUGUGAAUCAGUUAACUACUGAUUUAUUUUUGGCUGGACCACUACAGCAGGGGGCCAGUCCUAUAAAUACGAGCAGCGAGUGAGUGUUUGAUAAAGAUAGACCAAGUGUUACGGCUAAGUGUUGAAGUUUCCGCAUUGGCCGUUGGGCUUUCAAAAUGAACUGGUGCAAAAUUGUUUCUAUUGCGUCAUCUGGCACUGUUGCCAGUUUAGCGCCUUUGUCGCAAGAUUUAUAAACUUUUCACACCCCUUUAGCAGCUUUUCUUCACAAAAGCACCUAGUGACAAAUCUGUCGACUUUGUGGAUAAAUCUUAAUUACUUUUCACAGAAGAGUCACCAGGAUAGCGGGGUCAGGCUUUCCCUCCAUUGGUACACCUCUCUAUGCGCAUUCAAUUGACGGCACGUCACGGAAGCUAACACAGAAAUGAAUGAACUUCUAAAUUUCUCUCUGAGUGAUCAUUUUACAAAUAAAUGUAGCUGACAUAACAGCACAGCCGUU